AUGUUACUGUCAGAGAGAAAUAAAACUGGGGCUGUGUUCACUCUCUUGGGCUUCUCAGAUUACCCAGAACUGCAAGUCCCUCUCUUCUUGAUUUUUUUGGCCAUCUACAGUGUCACUGUUGUAGGAAAUAUUGGGAUGAUAGUUAUAAUCAAGAUUAACUCCAAACUGCACACCCCCAUGUACUUUUUCCUCAGCCACCUCUCAUUUGUGGAUUUCUGCUAUUCCUCCAUCAUUGUUCCCAAGACCCUGGCAAACCUAGUUGUAGAAGACAGGACCAUUUCACUUUCAGGAUGUGUAGUACAAUUCUUUUUCUUUUGUACCUUUGUGGUAGCUGAAUCCUUUUUAUUAGCUGUGAUGGCCUAUGACCGCUUUGUGGCCAUCUGCAACCCUCUGCUCUACACAGCGGCCAUGUCCCAGAAACUCUGUGCCAUGCUGGUGGUCGGAUCAUACGUAUGGGGAGUAGCAUGUUCCCUGAUACUCACAUGUUCUGCUGUCAGAUUAUCUUUCCAGGGUUUCAACACAAUCAAUCACUUCUUCUGUGAGUUCUCUGCAUUGCUGUCCCUGUCUUGCUCUGAUAUUUACAUCAAUCAGUUGCUGCUUUUCAUUUUUGCCACCUUUAAUGAGAUCAGUACACUGCUCAUCAUUCUCAUGUCUUAUGUGUUUAUCAUUGUCACCAUCCUCAAGAUGCGUUCAGCCAGUGGUCGUCGCAAAGCCUUCUCCACCUGUGCCUCCCACCUGACAGCCAUCACCAUCUUCCAUGGAACCAUCCUCUUCCUCUACUGUGUUCCUAACUCCAAAAACUCCAGGCAUACAGUCAAAGUGGCAUCUGUGUUUUACACAGUGGUGAUUCCUAUGCUGAAUCCCUUGAUCUACAGUCUGAGAAAUAAGGACGUCAAGGAUACAGUCGGCAAGAUAAUGGAUACUAAAAUCUUUUUUUCUUAA